CCUUCAUUGCUAAGUUGCCUGUUCCUUUUGGUUGAGCGCCAUGUCUGCGAUUGGGUUGCCCAGCAGGCUUCGCACAAGAGGGGCGGUAGUCGGCCGACGGUCCUUGGAGGCAUCAGAUGCACCACCCACUGGCGGCUCAGUGGUGAUGACACUAACACCCACUGCAUUCAGCGACACAGCACACGUCAAACAAUGGCUCAAUCAUCAGCACAGAGGACCUGCUAUCACUUUCUCACCUAUGGUCGUGUCGGCACUGCUGCCGAGAACGACCCAUGCGAUGAAUGGCAUGUCGAACGACGUCAGCAGCAGAAUGCGACCCUCUAGAGGGGGAUUCAUAUCGUCAUACCUGAACGCCACGACGGCUGUGCAUCGGUUGGGCGGCUGGUGGGGCGAGCGGUUCAGGAGCCCGCUCAGCACACCACCGUGAGCAUACCUAAAGAACCACACAGAGAGCAGAUACCCAUUCGGAUGGAUGUCUGUCGGUGUGUCCUGUGUACCGGUCCACGUGAACCCAAGGAGUUUUGGCCCGAUGCGCCACUGGAGACCCCAACAUGAUUUUUUCCAUGAUGAACGCCGACGCCGAUGCAUAAGUGACCAUCUCACUAUCGGCUGUCCAGCUGCCCGGCAGCAGGCGGAUUCGCGAUCUGACGGGUGGGUUGUUGUUGAUCAUGUGAGGGUGGUAUGGGUGGGUGGGGGGGAGGGGGGGGCUGAUGGUCAGCUCGAAGCCCGGCUCGUCGCGCAGGGCGCGCACACCGCCGCCCUGCUGGUCGAACAGCUCAAAACGGCCGCAGUUGCCGCCGAAGUUGACCUGCCGACCGAUCAUCUUCCACAGCGCCACCACACGCGGCUCAGCCAAAUACGCCUGCAACAACAGACACACAACACAGCUAUGGAGCCAUCCCUCCCGCCUCUCCCCUCUCAGUCCCACCCACCUGUUUGGUCGUGUGCCUCUGGAUGUCCUGCACGCUCAUAGUCACCGGCAGAGUGCAGCAGCCGCGCUGCUCCGCCAACUUCAGCGCGUUGACCACCUCGGUCCACUGCUGCGUGUCCACCAGCCAGAUGGCCUUCAGCAGCAGAGGGCGGUCCAGCUGAGCGUCGAAUGCGAUGAUGGUGUGCAAUCCCUUGGCCAUGAGGCAGCGAUUGAGUCGGGUACGGAGGAUGUACGGCGAGAAGUCGACUUCCCAGAGGAAAUGCGCCGUAGCUCUGAGGCUGCCGACCUCAAACCGGCUGCACACACACACAGCAUACACACAACCAAGUGCGCUCAUGGAGCUCUUUAAUCGCCGGGUGCUUGUGCUUCGCAUACGUGUGGAGGGCGUCCCUGUCGGCUUUGUGGAGGAAAUCAAGUGACUCGUCAUUGAUGGUGACGCCAGAUCUGUCCGCAGUGUGGUAAUUGCCCAUCUUCCGCGACUCGCUCGUGGAUGAAAUCCGUUGCUCUGUCACAUGGGAGGGAAGGGCGUGCCGCUCCCCCCUUUGCGACCCCUUUUUCC